UUGCUGACGCAGUUCUCUUCUUCUUCUUUAAAUCAGUUCUUGGGGCUCUGUCUGCGGCAGUUUCACUCAUUCCCAUUAUUACCAUCUGACCUUUCAGCCUUGUUUUGUUCCCACAGGCAAGGGAUGGCGGAAGUUGGAGAAAGCUCAGGUGCAAAACCUUCUUGCGAAAUCUGGGCCAAGCUUGUUCCAUCAGACUCGAGAUAUCCAGAUGUUGAGAUUAGCUCAGACGAGAUUGUAAUUUGCUCAGAGAUCUUGUUCUCUUCUACUGACAAAUGGAAGUGGUGCAAAAUAACAAGGAGCUCAGACCAUUCUUCUGCCACCAUACAAAAUAAAAGUUCAAAUGCAAUAUUCGUUGAUGGGACUGUAAUCCAAGCUGAUGACACUGUUGUUAUCAGAUGUGGAAGUGAAAUUACUUCAGGUCCUGAUAAGGAAGGGUACUUAAGCUACAGGUUCAAUGUAUUGCCUGGUCCUGAAACUUGUCAGAAGCAGUUAAAGAUUUCUAUGGAUGUUGAGCAUGCAAAAUGCUGCAUUUGUCUAAAUAUAUGGCAUGAAGUUGUUACUGUUUCUCCUUGCUUCCAUAACUUCUGCAAUGGAUGCUUUUCAGAGUGGUUAAGGAGAUCACAGGAGAAACGCUCAAGUGUACUCUGUCCCCAAUGUCGAGCAGUUGUCCAAUUUGUUGGAAGAAAUCAUUUCCUGCUUAACAUUGCGGAGGAAAUACUAAAAGCGGAUUCUUCACUAAAACGCUCCGAUGAAGAAGUGGCAAUUUUAAAUUCCUAUGCAACAAUACGAUCAAAUCUUGUCGUAAGCUCUGGAAAAAGCCUCCGUGGGAAAAGGGCUCGCUCAGAAGUGAACGAGGCAGUUGAUGAUUCACCACUUCCAUGCCCUCAAUGUGGUACUGAAUUUGGUGGGUUUCGCUGCAAUCAAAACACCAUUCAUCUGCAAUGUCAAGCAUGCGGAGGAAUGAUGCCUUCGCGAACCAAUAUCAGUGUACCUCAACACUGUUUAGGAUGUGAUAAGGCAUUUUGUGGUGCAUAUUGGAAUGCACAAAGGGUUGGACAUAGUGAUUCUCAUCGCAUGUGCAGUCGGGAGACUUUUAAACCAAUCUCAGAACACACCAUCUCUAGAAUUCCUACUUCGGCACACGAAAACAAUCGACACGAACAAGUUAUCACUGAGAAAUGUAUUGCACAGUUGGGGAGAACAUUGCAGGAUGUUAUAGCAGAAUGGAUUGCAAAGUUGAACAACAGAGAAAUUGACCGGACAAGGAUGCCGCUGAAUCAUGCUGAGAUGAUAACUUAUGGGACACCUACGUGCAACAAUUGUUAUGAGAAAUUGAUCUCAUUCCUCUUGUACUGGUUUCGGAUUUCGAUUCCCAAAAAUCAUCUACCUCCGGAGGCAUCAAACAGGGAAAAUUGCUGGUACGGAUAUGCAUGUCGAACACAGCACCAUAAUGAAGAACAUGCUCGCAAAAGAAAUCAUGUUUGCCGGCCAACUAAGGGUUCUAAUAUGUAGAUUCUCUUUUUAAUCUGUUUUGGGCAUGGUGUGGCCGAUUACCCAUGAAUCACAAGUUUAUUGACAAGCUUAACCUCUCUGAUCUACCAGGACAGCUAGCCACAAUUUAUGGACACCUUCACCUUAUGUUGACUCUUCAGUUUUAGGUCUAGUGGUACUUUUCUUUUCAAAAUUGUCGUUUCCUGUGAAAAGUUGCAAUGUCUUAAAUUCGACAUUCGAAUUCUAUUCCCCCAUUGACAUUCAGUAGUUCUUUUAUUUCAAAAA